CCGGAAGUCCCGCCUCUCUCGGGUCGCAGGAGACGCGCGGCGCCGGUCCCCGAGCAGCUCUUUCAGAAGUUUGAAUGAACCAAGGAGUGAAAUCAGCACUGGAUCCACACACUUUCAUCUGCAACAACAUUGGCUGGCCUUGGAAACAGCCUUCUAGAUUGUGGACACAUCCUGGAAGCAGUUCAUUUCAGCAGAGAGACCGUUUACAGUGGCUGACAGAGUGCCAUGUCCCAAGCCACCAAGCGCAAACACGUGGUGAAAGAGGUCCUAGAGGAAUAUGUGGUACCUUCAGAGAAGCAGCAGAUUGUCCGGGUGCUAGGGACUCCAGGAAACAACCUCCAUGAGGUGGAGACUCCUGAGGGGGAGCGGUUUCUGGUGAGCAUGCCCACCAAGUUCCGUAAGAACAUCUGGAUCAAGAGAGGAGACUUCUUACUGGUGGAUCCCAUUGAAGAAGGGGAGAAAGUGAAAGCGGAGAUCAGUUUUGUCCUCUACAAGGACCACGUUCGGUACCUUAAGAAGGAAGGAUAUUGGCCUGAUGCUUUCUUAGAUGUAAAAGGAACUCGAAGCAGUACUAAAGAAAGUAGAGAGCGGGUACAAAGCCCACCUCAGUUUUCCGGAGAAGAAGAUUCUGAGGAUGACGACACUGACCUCUUUGUGAACACAAACCGGAUAAGUUAUGACUAUAGAGAGAGUGAGGAGACCAGUGACUCAGAGGAAGAAGAGAAGUAACAGCCAGUCUUACGGAGCAGACCAAGCCAGCCUCAGAUCCUGACGUAGCGGGAAGGAAUGGCUCAGGUCUCAGCCACUGUGCGCAUGGACUAGCUGGUGUCCCUUCAGUCCACCUGUGGGGGGCUCAGGAGCCACAACGCAGCCCCCCAACCUUCCAAGGGGCCACAGGAGACCAUCUGGCAAAAUGAUGGUGUCGCCAGAAGGGGCGUAGCUGAAUUUUUUUUUUAAUUUGCUUUUUCUUUUUCAGGUUUUAAGAAGGGGUGAGGAAGGGGGAGGCUGACUGCUCCCAUCCCCACAAUUAAACUCCUGCCCCUAAACUGCCCGGAGAGUUGCCGCUCUUGGGGCCAAUUUGGGGUUGGAGUUUUUUGUUUGGGGCUUGAAGUGUGGACACGCUGCGAUUUUUAAGUGCUUGGAGGCUGCUGUGAAUGUUCAACAACCUGUUGCAGAUAAGGAGGGGAAGCUGUCCCUCACCCACUGUAUCGGUUUGCCUCUACUGGAUAUCCUGACGGUCCUUUAAUUCUCUGUUUCUUUUGCCUUUAUU